AUGAGACGAUCCCACUCCUAUUCAACUUGUUCAUUACUUCAGACUGUUCUUCGGAUUUGGGACUGCAUGAUCUACGAUGGAAACGAUGUCUGGCUGUUCCGAGUCAGCCUGUGUUUGAUUCGAGCCAAUCAGCGUCGAAUUAGCGAGUCAAAAACACUCGACCAGCUCAUUCGAGUGUUCAGGGAUAUCACAGAAAGCCGAAAAGCACUCUAUUGCCAUCAGCUGAUUGAGUCUGCGAAAAUGGAACGGGUGUCACAAAAAAUGAUCGACGAGUUGCGUUCGCGAUUUGUGACCGGGGCGACGGAUGACGACAUCGACAUCGACGAUCCCGAACUCGUCAAGAGACCCCGAUUAUCCCUGCCACGCCUCCUACGCUGA